AUGCUUCGGCGACAGGCGCGUUUGCGCCGCGAGUACUUGUACAGAAAGUCGGCAGAAGACAAACAAAAAAAUAUUCAAGCUAAAAAAGAUCAAUUGAAACGAAGUUUGGAAGAAAACAUCCCUAUUCAUGGCGAUUUGCGUAAAGAAGCUCUAGCUUUACAGAAAAGAAUAGAAUUUGAAGACAAAGGACCAGAACGUGCAGCAGUAAUAGGAGGUUUUAGUGGUGGAGCAAACACUCUCAGUUCUCAGGAUGAUGAGUACAGAUAUGCAGGGGUUGAAGAUCCGAAAAUUAUGAUCACUACUUCUCGGGAUCCUAGUGCACGAUUGAAGAUGUUUGUUAAGGAACUUAGGUUAAUAUUCCCAAACAGCCAGCGAAUGAAUCGUGGUGGAUACGAAAUGUCACAGCUGAUACAUGCAUGCCGUGCCAAUGAUGUCACAGAUUUUAUUAUUGUACAUGAACAUCGUGGUGUGCCUGAUAGCCUGGUUAUCUGCCACCUCCCUUAUGGUCCAACUGCAUCGUUCACCCUGUCAGGUGUAGUGAUGCGACACGAUAUACCUGAUAUAGGACCAAUGAGCGAGCAGUACCCGCAUUUGAUUUUUCACAACUUCAAAAGCUAUUUAGGUCUCCGAACUAUGAGUAUUCUGAAGUAUCUAUUCCCUGUACCAAAGGAAGACUCGAAGCGUGUGAUCACAUUUGCUAACAACGACGAUUAUAUUUGCUUUAGGCAACAUACUUAUAAAAAGGCUGGCAAGGACAUAGAGCUAACAGAAAUAGGUCCACGGUUUCAAAUGAAGCUUUACGAAAUAAAGCUCGGAACACUCGAGGCGUUAGACGCAGCGGAUACAGAAUGGGCGCUGCGCCCGUAUAUGAACACGAGCGCAAAGCGUCGAUUCUUAAGCGAUGAUGAUGGAUGG